ACAGACAGACUGGCUGAUAGAUAGAUAGAUAGAUAGAUAGAUAGAUAGAUAGAUAGAUAGAUAGAUAGAUAGAUAGAUAGAUAGAUAGAUAGAUAGAUAGAUAGAUCCAACUUUAUUGUCACUUGUGUUAUUGUGACUAGUUACCUAGCAAUAAUAUUAAGUCCAGUUCCAGUCAUAAUCUCGGUGCUUUAAUGUGCUGCUAAUGUUUAAUUAUACCUUCUAACUUACUAAAUAAAUAACUAACUUACUGUCUAACUAGUAAGUAAAUAACGUAUAUUUUCUUUCAGGACAUGGUGAUAUUUUUUUUACAGGUGACGUUUACCCAGUAGGUGGGACAGGAGAAAUUGAAAGUAACAGCGCCUGCAGUUUUCACGUAAGCUCAGAAUGGCAGAAAGUGAAAAUGAUGCUAAAAAGAGCCCAAGUGCCUCAGGGACUAUGAUGACCUUAAUAAGGAAAUUCUCAAUAAAUAAAAAGAGAGAAAAUGAAGUGGCAACAGCAGAUGGCACUGUCUCAAAUACCAGGCCUAUGUCUCCUGACACACAAAAGUCACCUACAACAGAAGAUGGCUUUAGGUGGAGAAGUUGGAAAAGUUUUAAGCGAAAGUCUAAAGAAUGUACAUUGAAGGAAUCUGUACUAGAACAGGGUGCCACAACUGGUACAGUAAUGGAGAAAGAAAUCACUAACGACUGUGAUUUCACCUUUAACAUUUUGUCAUCAUCUUUGUCAGUAAUGGAGAUAGAUGGUCUCAUUGAAAAAGCAGCCUUAAAAGAGGCCUAUCUUAAUAUACUCACUCUGCAGAAGGAGAUUCAAUGUGAGCAGGAAGCACUGGGGCAGGAAGCUUCUCCAGUGAAAUUAGUCCAUAAAAAGAAAGACCUGAAUUUCCUCUACAACAACCUGAAGGAAAAAGUUAUUAAUAUUGUCUAUCAAUCCUGUGUCCAGCCUUCUUGCAACAAUGAUCUACUGGUGCAGGUGGCUGGCAUCAUUCAAGAUAAGGAAAAUAGAGAAAGAGAUGUGGAGAGAGUGGGGGAUUGGAGAGGUGCCUGGAGGGCUGCAAUACAACAAGGAGUUAAAGAGACACUUGGGAAGAUUAAUCUAAAGCAAAAUGUUCCCUGUGUUGGAGUACAAUUGGAGCUUUUGGGUAAAAUGAUUGUGGAGUUGCUGGUGAAGGUAAAGGCAGAAAUUUUGAAUUUGUAUCCACAGAAUUUCCUAGUGUUCGAAACCUAUGCUUCAGCUUGUCAUGAGUAUGUAGGUGAACACCUAAAAGUACUUCUGGGAAAGGUCACAGAACUGAAAGAUUAUAAUGACAUGCUGGAUUUUGUUAUCAACCGCUAUCAUAGUGAGAUGAUUCUCAGCAGUCCUUCAUUGCAGCCUGAGAUGAAAGAUCAGAAAUCUCUCACAAUAUCUGAUGAUUUGCUUGGCCAGAUAAAGAAAGCAUAUUGUGACCGUCUACAUAAGACUCUAUAUGACUCACUGGACAGUGUCAUGAAUGCUGAACAGGAGGAAGUAUGGAAGAAGAAAGUAACACCCAAGAGUACAAAAGACGGAAUAUUUCUCAGCUCUGAAGUUCACACAAAUGUCUGUGAAAUGAUCAAGACAUAUUCUGAUAAUUGUGCAAAGAUCGACGAGAAUCUGGAAAAGAUGGCAAUAUGCAAAUGUAUGGAAGUUCUGAAACACUUUCCCAAAAGAUUUGAAGAUGAGUUUUCAAAGCAGAGCCUCUCCUUGUUGGGCUCAGACUUACUGGACUGCUGUCUGUGGGCUGAAUAUCACAUUGCCUAUAUCAACAGCUUUAGCUUGCUCAAAGAGCACAUGGACGGCUAUAGAAAGAAGUGCCCAAGACAAAUGGAAGAGCUUGUGAUAGAGAUGGAUGUACUCAUUGACCAUCUAAGACAAGCUUUACUGGAGCAAUUUAAAGCAGAAAUCAAGCAAUAUUUGGGUGAGCUAAUGACCAAGAAAUGGCUUACCACAGACACUGAUUUCAAUGAACUAGUUAACAGAAUAGAGACUUACUCUGGAUACAAUAAAUCCAUGAGACAUCCAUCUGCACAAACUUUUGCCAAUGAUGCGCAUUACCAUGUAGUGAAAGUGUACAUAUCAGAAAUGCUGAGUAAUAAAUAUUCCUGCAAAGGCAAGAAGAAUGAGGAGGCUGCCGAGAAAAUUAAUAAGCAGUGGACUGAGCUUAAUAAACUGUUCAGUGAAAUGGGAUCAACCUUAGAUUGGCUUCACUCACUAGGAGGUCAUAUCAGUAAAAUCAUUGAACAGGAACAUGAGAAAGAUAUAAAGAAUUUCUUAACACCACUGGUUGAAAAUUACCCUGACAUAAGUAAAAAGCAACUCUCAGCUAUUCUAUACUUCAGAGACAGUGGUUUUUUGAAGUUUGAGAGGUCAGUCAUGCAGUGCUUCAGUGAGCUUAAGCGUCACACUGACAAUGGGAAAACAGAAAAUACUGGAAAGCACACCUUCUUCAGCGACAUCAAGUGAAACAAACAUCAGCCUGGUGGCCUUCUAAAAGUAACUAAGCCUUGAUGACCUUAAUCAUUACAUCAAUUGUGUCAUGAAGGUGGUCUGGGUUGGAUGCAAGUGCAGAUUUUAUUUAACAAACAAACAAACCAAUCCAAAAAAGCAUUCAAAAAAAUGUAGUCAAGCCACUGAUAAGGUCAUAAAUAAACAACACCUAACAGGGGAAAACACAAGAAUUAAUGAAACAAAUAUAUUACAAUUAAAACUGUGAGAGCAAAAAAAAAAAAACAAAAAAAAAAAACAAGCCUUGGGUUAUUAAUCACUAUUAAUAGCCAACAGGAAUAAUGUUUUUGUGUUGUUUCUUAUGUACAGUAUAUAUAAUGCAUAACAUACAAUUAUCUUAUUAAGCAAUUAUGUGGCAGCAGUUCAACGCAAAAUUCAGAUAAAUUCAGGUAAAGAGCUUAAACUAUGUGUGAGAUUGCAAACAAGUGGUGCUGUGAAAUUGUUAAAAGUAGAUAUUAUCUAUUCAGAUAAAAAAUCUCAUCAUUACAUACCAAAUUAUAAACAUUUAUACAUUGAUAAACACAAUAAUGCUAAUUCAGAGACCUCAGUGCGCUUCACUCACUAGUGUAUCAAAUUAAUAAAAUUACUGAACAGUUUGUUAAAAGCAGUUAAUAUGGUCACUAUCACAAAUUUGCUUACAUUUAAUAAAGACCUUUAAAAUUUAAAUUUAAGAUUUAAAAUUAAAUAUUCAAGAUAUUGUAAAAUGUACUUUCUUUGUUUUAAAUAUUUAAAAAAUAUAAAAUUCUAUUUCCACUUUUAAGGGAUUAAAAAAGUCUCAGAUGUUUAGCCCCAAAAGUAUAUAUGUACAUACACACAAAAAAUUUACAAUUGUGGAAAAAAGAAAGAACACCCUCCUUUAGAUCUAUGUUUUUAAUAUCAAUCCAUAAUUACAAACGUGUGGUCCUUAUCAACUUUUCUCAAAAAAAAAAAAAAAAUCUCGUGAUAAUAACAAAAAAUUAAACAGAUCUAAUUGUUCCCCAAAAAGUAAAUCAAAACUCAGAAACCAUAUAGGAAAAGUAACUAAACCCUAUAACUAAACCCUAGAAUUCAGUAACAUGUCGAACCACCUUUUAGACGAAUUCAGGAUGAGGACUUGGCAAUUCUGCACCUGAAUUUUUGUCUUCUUUAGACAUUCAGGUGUUGACUUGCUGGUUUGCUUAGCCUAAUAAUGGCCUUCUUUACUUGCAUUAAUGUCUCUUUUGACGUCAUAUUAAGAGAACCUCUUUGGAUCAACUCCAAAACUACUGCCUUCUUAAUUUGUCAUAAAAUAGCGAGGAAACAGGUCACACAUGACCAUUAAGUUGCUUGACAGUCAUAUGUCCAAUUAUCUUCGAUAAUGUGAAAAUGACAGGACUAUGUAAAAUAUAUGUAAUUCUUAGAUGAUUAAAACAGUAAAACAAAACAAAGCUGAAAAUUGACUCUUUAAUCACAUUUUGAUUGCUUCGUACACAAACAAUAUUACGAAAAGCACUGUCUAAAUUCUUAUCUGGCUAUAGUGCUUGGGUUUUUCAUUACAUUACAUUACCUGAGCAUUAAAGUGUCUGAUCUUGGACGGAUUUUUUCCUUGGACCCCUAAUCCUAGAAAUAUUGGCAACUGUCUUGAAGGAAAUACAUUUGUAAACAAUCCCUCUCACUGUAAAACAGAAUUUUAAAUGGCCUUAUAACCCUUACCAGAAUGAUAAGUAGCAACAUCUGCUCUGAAGACCAAUUAAUCUUGUGUGUUUCACCAGUAAUACCUUGCUGUUAAUUAUUUACUUAGUAAUUACUACAUAUUACUGCAUACUACAUUUUUAUGUAGUCCAUUUUUAUUCUUACCUGAAAGUAAUUGUUGAAUUUUUUUUUAUUAUUUAUUUAUUUUUAUUUUUUUUACAGAAGUAGGACAGCCUUCUUGCAACAAUGAUCAAAUAUAGUGAGUGUAAUUUUGGGAAGUUGAGUGUGGAAAUGUUAUACUAUGAAACACAGUUCAAUGGAGUUUGUAGUGGAAACACAUGUGAAUAUAUAGAAUGUGAAUACAUAGAACAACAUGUGAAUACUUAGAAAAUUCUAGAUGUUAAUAAAUAACAAAGAUGACAAAUAGGAGAAUAUGAAAUAAUUCUGUUUGUGAAAUAGGUCUUUACACCAUAGUAUAUGAGGUGUUGGGUGUUUUAAAAAGUAAUUCUACUUGGGUUAAAGGUGUGUUUGAAAUUUGUGAAUUCAUAUUUAAACAGAAUACAUUUCUGUUUUUGUAUUUCUGUUGUUUUAUAUGUUAAGGUCAAUUUAAAAACGAAUAUAUCCUCAGGUACUGUGGUUUUGUAUACGUUUAUGAAACUCGUAUUCCUAACUGAUACAUUUUUCUUUGUGCAUCACUAUUAGUUGCCACUAGAUGGAAAGCUACUGCAGUUGUUGCAUGUUAUAAUCCAGUAUGACUUAUAGCUAAUAGUUUCAAAGUAAUAUGGUGCUCUUUUGAUCUAUUAUAACUUACCGUAUAUCAUUCUGAAGGUGAUUUCUUUAUUGUUGCAAUUCUUUCAUGUUUCUGAAACAUUGUGCCAUGGAAAUCAUCUUAAUAAAGGUACUUUUAAAUUUAA